AUGUCGGAACGAUCCCCUUCUCCCGAAGAAACGACCGCGAGUACGACGGACCCUUCUAUCGCCCAAUCCGCCUCGCUACAACCUCCAGUUGAUCAAGCUCUGUCAUCUGAAAGCAGAUCGAUAGCGACAACGACAACGACAACGACAUCGUCCAGCGGCCUUGAUCAGUCGGCGCCUGGUACCCCGACGCACCAAGGUCCGAGAAUAGACCGAGGAUUAUCGCCGCAUCCAGCUUUUGCGAAGCUCAAAGGGAUAUCAUCACUGCAAGAAGCCGAACGGUCAACUGUGAGCCUGCGGUCUUUGCGCAGUAUUCCCAGUAUAGUCGUCAAUGACGGAUCACGUCCCAGUUCUCGGCCAGGCUCAAGGCCCGGAUCAAGGCCCGGCUCGCGGUGGUCAGAAAAGAAAUGGGGCACCUUCAGAAGUAGGAGGUCGAUGGAUCACCAGAGAGACGAAUCGCCGCCACCUGUACCACAGAUAGCGCCCCAAUUCAGUGGUAUCUCGUUGGACAUUCCGGAUGCGUCAUUUGAUGACCUUGGUGUCUCGGACAUGAGGUUCUCUAAGCGUGGGAGUCUCAUCCGUACGGAGGGAAAACCACAAUCAAAGCGCAAGCUCAAGGAGCAAGACACGGACCCAGAUGCUACGGGAACUGCGGCAAAGGGAAGUGAAGCGACGAAAACCGUCGCAACUGGAACAGAAACAGAGACUCUGGGGGCGAAUGGGAUGUCUCAGGAGCCGGUACAAGACGGCUCUGCCGCGGAUAGCUUUGGAACCGCCCGUGUCCGUCCGCGGCCUCCGUCAUUGCUUCGUGUUAGUCGGAAUAGUAUAGCCAGCAGGGCCAUAUCUGCGGAUGAGGAUAUGCUAUCUCGAAGGGUUAGGUUGAUGUAUGCGAAAGGAGACGAGAAUGUUACAGACUCGGAAGUGGCAAGAUCGUAUGCCAUGGAAAACGGUACUUUGUGGGAGGAGCCAACCCCUACGAAGUCAGAGACCUUUGAAAAUAGUGCCUCUGAAGCCGGGUCAAAACGCGCUGAAACUUCGACUGACACUGACGCUAACCCUUCUGGUCCCAAACGUGAGCCUAACGAGCUUGCCGGGGGUAUCGAGUACUGGCAGAAUAUAAAGGCGGGAGAUGUCGAUAGAUAUGGCUUCAUUCGGUCCUCAAACUCUGCUGAAGGUGCAGAGUUCAGUCCCAUUCAACGAGUUUCCACCAGUUUGCUGCUAGCAUCGGAGACACCAAGGCGGAGACGAACCAUACGACCUCCAACUGCCCUAGCAAGCAAUCGCUCGUUUACAGGCCGGUCCCCUUCGCGGCAGAACUCUGAGGCUUCCAUGCGUCCUGCUUCCUCGCAGAGCACGUUUAGUUCCCCCUUGCGCAGAUCUACCUCGCGGUUCCGACAAGCGACAAACCACUUACCCCACAAUCGCAGUCGCCGCUUCAAGGAUGAGGCUGGCGAUAUGCUCACUCUUCCUUCUGACUCUACGGCGUUUGACGAUAAGUUGGACAGCGCAGCUGCGCGUGCCGCAAGGAAAAAGGAGUGGGAACGGGAAGACAAGUGGACAAAAAUGGCGAAGCCGACAAGGAAAGGCAAACAUGGGGGCGGAAUGAUAUUUGACUUUGAUACCAAGAGCUCAAAGUUGAUUGAACGGACAUGGAAAGGAAUACCAGAUCGGUGGCGAUCAUCAGCAUGGUAUUCUUUCUUAGAAACCAGCGCUAAGAAGCACAGCGAUAGCCCGACGGAAGAGGAGCUCAUUGAAAUCUAUCAUGAGUACCAGGACAUAUCGUCUCCUGACGACGUCCAGAUUGAUAUCGAUGUGCCAAGAACGAUCUCUAGCCACAUCAUGUUCCGGCGACGGUACCGCGGUGGUCAACGCCUACUUUUCCGCGUGUUGCAUGCGAUGUCCCUCUACUUUCCGGAUACGGGGUACGUUCAAGGUAUGGCGGCGCUCGCGGCGACACUCCUUGCUUACUACGACGAAGAGCAUACGUUUGUUAUGCUUGUCCGACUGUGGCAACUACGGGGGCUCGAGAAACUCUAUCGUUCCGGGUUUGCGGGCCUCAUGGAGGCUCUGGGCGACUUCGAACGAGAAUGGCUGGAUGGUGGAGAAGUUGCCGCGAAAUUGAAUGAAGUUGGAAUACCGCCUACAGCAUACGGUACCCGGUGGUAUUUGACACUGUUCAAUUACUCGAUACCUUUCCCAGCCCAGCUUCGAGUUUGGGAUGUCUUUAUGCUCCUUGGCGAUGCCGAGGACGAUCCCAAGUCGGGCAAACCGGAGACAAGCGGUUUCGGCAAGGGCCUCGACGUCCUCCACGCGACCUCGGCAGCUCUUAUCGACGGGAUGCGAGAAAUCAUCCUUGAGUCUGAUUUCGAGAACUCGAUGAAGGUUUUAACUAGUUGGAUUCCAAUCAAAGAUGUCGAGCUGUUCAUGCGUGUCGCCAAAGCUGAAUGGAAAGUCCACCAUCGUAAGAAGUCGGGAUGA